AUUGCUCGAAUUAAAGCCCAAAUGCAGUCCGGUAUGAAAUUCAAAAUCAGAUCAUAUUUUAUAUCAUAUCAUACAUAUACAUAUUCAUAUUCACAUCUGAAUGCAAAAAGCAAAAUACUGCUCCCGCUCUUUUUCUUUUAGAAAUUCUCAAGUUUAAACGGCUAAACCCCCAAUUUGCCUCCCCAACCCUAAUUUCUGCCUCUCAAAUUGAGCCGAUUUACAGAAUUUGCAGGGGGGAAAUGAGGGAAGAGCAAAUCGAAAAGCUGCGGGGAGUGGUCCGCGACUGCGUGAGCAAGCAUUUGUACUCGUCCGCGAUCUUCUUUGCCGACAAGGUGGCGGCGGUGACGGCGGACCCUGCCGACAUAUACAUGCAAGCGCAGGCGCUGUACCUUGGCCGGCAUUACCGCCGCGCCUUCCAUCUCCUCAAUGCGUCGCAAAUCGUCCUUCGCGACCUUCGUUUUCGCUACCUAGCUGCCAAAUGCCUCGAAGAACUGAAGGAGUGGGAUCAAUGCCUGUUAAUGCUUGGUGAUGCCAAGGUGGAUGAACAUGGUAAUAUUACUGACACAAAGGACUGUAGUAGCAUGUCCCUGGAUAAAGAUGGCGAAGAUCGUGAAAUCAAUAUUAUAUCAGCGAUAUGCUUUUUAAGAGGCAAGGCAUAUGAGGCCUUGGAAAAUCGUGCACAAGCUCGUUUAUGGUACAAAGCAGCCAUUAAAGCUGAUCCUCUAUGUUAUGAGGCCUUGGAAUGUCUUAUAGAGGGUCACAUGCUCAGUUGCGAAGAAGAGACCAGUCUACUUGCAACCUUGCAAUUUGGCCCUGAAGAUGGAUGGCUCUCUUCGUUUUACUCAUGCUUGGUAAAGAAAUAUGAGAAAGAAAAUGUUGUUGAAACCAAGUUUAGAGAACUUGAGGUCGAAGUUUCUAAUUCAAAGACACCUGGGAAAUCAUUAUGUACUCUGAAGAACAAAACUGACCUCUUAGCCCGAAAAGCUGAGUACUAUCACCAGUGUGGCGAACACCAAAAACACUUUGAACUGACAUCGAUAUUGCUUGAGAAGGACCCUUUUCUAGUUGAAGCCAAGUUUAGAGAACUUGAGUUCGAAGUUUCUAAUACAAAGACACCUGAGAAAUCAUUAUGUACUCUGAAGAACAACACUGAUCUCUUAGCCUGCAAAGCUGAGUACUAUCACCAGUGUGGCGAAUACCAAAAAUGUUUUGAACUAACAUCAAUAUUGCUCGAGAAGGACCCUUUUCACCUGAAGUGCACCCUUGUGCAUUUAGCAGCAGCCAUGGAGCUUGGGCAUUCUAAUGAACUCUAUCUGAUGGCUUGCAACUUAGUCAAGGACUAUCCUCAAAAAGCAUUGUCAUGGUUUGCUGUGGGUUGCUACUACUACUGCAUAAAAAAGUAUGACCAAUCACGUCGUUAUUUCAGCAAGGCAACAAGUUUAGAUGGGACAUUUGCUCCAGGUUGGAUUGGCUAUGGGAACGCAUAUGCAGCCCAAGAAGAAGGAGAUCAAGCAAUGUCAGCUUACCGCACUGCUGCACGUUUAUUUCCUGGGUGCCACCUGCCUGCACUAUACAUAGGAAUGGAAUACAUGCGAACCCAUAGCUUUAAACUUGCUGAGCAGUUUUUCAUGCAGGCCCAGGCCGUAUGUCCUUCGGAUCCACUUGUGUAUAAUGAACUUGGGGUCGUGGCUUAUCAUAUGAAGGAGUAUAAGAAUGCUGUGUGGUGGUUUGAGAAGACAUUGGCUAAUGUACCAUCAUCUUUAAGUGAGAUGUGGGAGCCAACUUUAGUCAACCUUGCUCAUGCAUUGAGAAAACUGAAGAGGUACAAUGAGGCAAUUGUUUACUAUGAGAAAGCACUUGCAUUAUCAACCAGAAGUUUGAGUACAUAUGCUGGCCUCGCAUACACCUAUCAUCUACAGGACAAUUUCACAGCAGCAAUUACACACUAUCACAAGGCUUUAUGGAUCAAACCCGACGAUCAAUUCUGUACAGAGAUGCUGACAUUGGCCCUUCAAGAUGAAUGCCAACUUGGUACAAACCCAAAAGUUGGGACAGUUAGAAGCCAGUUGUUUACUUGAACGAAAUAUCAAUCUCCAUAUUGUUAAUUAUGUUGUCGUUUAAUUUGUAAGCAUAGGCAAAUCAUAGGAGAAUAGCUCGAUCUCUAACAUAGGCCAUAUUUAAUUUGUUGUAUCUUAUUUUUUCGGUAGGUAGUAGUUAUGGGGUUCAUUUGCAUUUGUUAAACCUAAACGAAGUUUCUAUAGUUCAUUGUAAAAGUAUAUAAUUUUUACAGCCAAUUGGUAUUUACAUAAA